AUGCAUAGGGUAACUUACUUAGGGUUAGCUGCUCACGGAUUGGCUUUCUUCAGACUGUUUGUUCCUGCUGGCACUCCUCUGGCUUUAGUUCCACUUUUAUUACAAAUUGUGAGUUCACGAAUUUUUUCAUCGAAAUGA